CAGUAAAUAUUCCAUCCCCUUCAAGCUCUCGUCUCUCAUCAGCCAUCAGCAAUGGCGAUGGCAAUGGCUCUUUCAUGCUCCAUUGCAACUUCAUUCUGGCUCUUGUCCUUCACCCUUUCUAUCUCUCUUCUCUCCUUCACCUCCGCAGCAACGUCAACUGGCACAAUCUCUGCACAACAUUCUCUGACCGGAAACCAGACCAUCACCUCCGGAGACGGCACGUUCGUGCUCGGCUUCUUCACGCCACCAGGCAGCGGCGGCAACUACUACAUCGGCAUCUGGUACGGUAAGAUCUCAGUGCUCACCCCCGUGUGGGUGGCCAACAGAGUCACUCCAGUCACGGACCCAACCACGUCGGAGCUUAAGAUCAAUGACGACGGCAACCUCGCCCUCCUCAAUCAGUUCAAAUCCAUCAUAUGGUCCACAAACGUCACCACCAUCUCAUCCUCCAACUCCACGGUUGCCGUCAUCCUUGACAAUGGUAAUCUCCAGCUCAGGGAUGGAUCCAACUCCUCGCUCGUCUUCUGGCAGAGCUUUGAUCACCCCACUGACACUUGGCUUCCUGGUGCCAAGUUGGGGUUCAAUAAGAUCACCAAAAGAUCCCAACACCUCACUUCCUGGAAGAAUAAAGUUGACCCUUCUCCUGGGAUCUUCACCUUUGAGAUGGAUCCGACUGGAAACUUACAAUACUUAAUUUCAUGGAAUUUGUCUCGGAUAUAUUGGGCUAGUGGAAUGUGGAAUGGCCAAGAAUUUAGUUCAGUCCCUGAGGCCACAUCAAAUUAUAUGUACCAAAUGCAAGUAGUCAAUGAUACAGAUGAGAUGUAUAUCACAUACACGGUAGAUAUUGCCAAUAAUCCCACGUAUAGACAGCUACUGGAUUAUGAUACCGGACAGAUCCAAGUACCGGUGUGGAUGGAGAAUUCGAAGUCAUGGAUGCCCAUCUGGGCUCGACCAACCAGCAAGUGCUCAGUUUAUGGGGUAUGUGGACCUUUUGGUAGCUGCAAUGACUUCACCUCACCCUUCUGUUAUUGUGUUAAAGGCUUCAGGAUCAAGUCUCAGGCAGACUGGGAUUUGGGCGAUCGAAGCCAGGGUUGUGAGAGGGUGGCCUCUCUGCAGUGCAGUGGCCAGAACAAUUCUGAAGAAGAUGGUUUCUUUAAGAUGACAAAUGUUAGACUACCUGACAACUCCCUCAGUUUGACCAUGUUUGGGAGCUCCCAUGAUUGCCAACAAGCAUGCUUGAGUAAUUGCUCUUGUAAUGCUUAUUCCUUCAACUCCACUGGGUGCUUUGUUUGGCAUGGAGAAUUACUCAAUCUCCAGGAAGAAGAUAAUCAGCCUGAUGCAGGCACUCUUUACCUGCGCUUGGCUGCCUCUGAGUUUCAAACUUCUGAAAGCAACAAGAAGAGAAUGGUAGCAUACAUCUCGGUGGGGGUCAUCGUGCCGAGUGUUGUAGUUUGUUUGUUCAUGCUUGGGGGUUUAGUUUGGAAGCGAGAGAGGAGAAGAGCUAUCCAAAACUCAAAAGUUGUGCAUAAUUCUUUGGUCUCCUUCAUGUAUGAUGAGCUGAGGAUUGCCACCAAUAACUUCUCUGAAAAGCUAGGAGAAGGGGGCUUUGGAUCUGUGUUUAAAGGCUCGUUGCCCGGCUCAAUUGAUAUUGCUGUGAAGAAGCUUGAGGGUCUUUACCAAGGCGAGAAGCAGUUCCGAGCGGAGGUGAGCACACUAGGAGCUAUUCAACAUGUAAACCUCAUUAGGCUAAUCGGCUUUUGCUCUCAAGGGACCAAAAAGUUGUUGGUCUAUGAGUUAAUGCCAAGCGGUUCGUUAGCAGAUCAGCUUUUUCGUAGCAACUCGAAUGUUUUGGACUGGAAAAUCAGAUAUCGAAUUGCUAUCGGAAUUGCAAGAGGAUUAGCUUAUCUUCAUGAGCAAUGCAGGGACAACAUCUUACAUUGCGACAUCAAGCCAGAGAACAUACUGUUGGAUGAUGCAUUUGUGCCAAAAGUAGCUGAUUUUGGUCUAGCAAAGCUCAUCGGAAGGGACUUUAGCAAAGUUCUCACAACCAUUCGAGGAAGUAGAGGAUAUCUUGCACCUGAAUGGAUUGGAGGUACACCCAUCACCACCAAAGUAGAUGUUUAUAGCUAUGGAAUGAUGUUGUUCGAGAUCAUAUCCGGCAAGAGAAAUUUAGUCUGUGCAACAGAAAGUUGUUUUGAGUUUUUUCCAUCAGUGGCAACAAGCAAACUCAUUAACGGAGAUGUCGAAGUCUUGCUAGACCACCGUCUUGAGGGGGAAGCUGACAUGGGAGAGCUUGCAAUAGCUUGUAAAUUGGCCGGUUGGUGCAUUCAAGAUGAUGAGAGUUCCAGGCCGACGAUGAGUCAAGUUGUUCAAGCUCUAGAGGGCAAUCUAGACAUCAACGUUCCUCCUAUUCCCAAGUUUCUCCAAGGCCUAUCCAACUCUUGGACCGACAACAUCAAUUCCCAUGGAAAUUUCUCUUCAUAUCAGAACUCCAAUAAUUGUACCUCUUCAAGUAGCCUUUAGAUAAAUAAUGCUACAAUUUAAAUAUUAUUCAAGUUGGCGCAAUGACACCGACGAUAUCAACAGCGGCAGGCGGUGAUGGCAGUGGGUGGCGGCGACAGUGACCUCGGCAGCGGCAGCAGCAACAGCAACGGUGGCGUGGAACGGCGCUGGCAGCAUCAGUGGAGAUGGUGGCAUGAGGAAACAGUGGAAAGUUGCUUUAUGUUCACGUAUAGAAUGUAAUUGUUUGUUC